CAACAGGAAAAAAUGACCUCAUAUUUAAUGUCAUCCAUCAGGAAAUUACUGAGAACUUCAGCUCCAUCACGCCUACAGACUGACGCUCUUAUCAAGCGGAAGUGCGCACCCACCCAUACACACGCACGCGCACACACGCACACACUUCACCCCUACAACUGGAAGUUUUCCUCUUUAACUUUUCAGUCUCUUGGAUCAGCGCCCUGCGCAGCAGCAUGGCUCUGUCUACGUGCUGGAUUUUGUGCGCCGUCUCACUCGCCUGCGUCCUCCACUUCGGCUCUUGCAGAAGAGGUAGAGGGCAUGUAGUACAACCCGAACCGUUCAUCUUCAAAGAGCUGUGUGCCUUCAAAGACGAUCCGGGUCCAUGCAAGGCCAUCAAGGAGCGGUUCUUCUUCAACGUGAACACGGGUCAGUGUGAGCUGUUCGAGUACGGAGGCUGCGGCGGGAACAUCAACAACUUUGAGACGCUGCAGGAGUGUGAGGAGAUGUGUGUCGUCUCAGAUGAUAAGAACCCAUGCCAUUUACCAGAGGCUCCCGGUCCGUGUCGAGGUCUGGUGAAUCGCUACUUCUUCGACAGAGAGACACAGCAGUGUAAACGUUUCUUCUAUGGUGGCUGUUUCGGCAACGCCAACAACUUCAGGAGAUUGCCUGAGUGCCAAGCCAGGUGUCAGAACCCAGUUACUCCAACCGCAGCAACAGGAGACCUCACGUCUCCCAGAAUCGUGCAAGCCGUUAAUGCAGUGAACGUGCCGGCCAGUGAGCCUUUGGUGCAUCACAACUCUUCAAAUCAAAACGACAUGAGUCCUUCAGAGGUUUGCUUGAGUCCAAUGGUUGACGGGCCGUGUGCCGGGUCAGAGAGAAGGUUUGGAUUCAACCCAAAAACCAAGAGAUGCCAGAUGUUCAUGUACAGCGGCUGCGGAGGAAACGGGAACAACUUCAGAUCUCGCAAAAGCUGCUAUCACAAGUGCAUCAAAAGCCAAAAGGGUCACAAAGGGAAGAUGAUCCGAAUAAGGAAGAAGAACAUGGACAACGUUUUAAACCGCUCAGUCUGAACACAGCAUGAAUCCUGCUGUGCAGAAACUUGUAUUAUAUUGAGCUUGUAAAAUAUGAAUGCAUUACAUUUAUUUGCAAAGCUCCUUUUAAACUCAGCUCUUUAAAAAUCUGGCUCCUUAAUGCCAGGCAGCAGCUUAACCUGAAGGGUUUCAUGUAGAAGGCGGAACUAGAAACUUCUUGUUAUUAGGUAGCUGGAGCUUCAGAUCAUGACUGCACUGGUGGCUUUCUGAUCAAAGUUUAUUACUUCAGUUUAAAUUUUGCGUCCUCAAUAACUCCAGCAGCUGCAUCACUGCGUGGUAUGACAACCGUACACUUCUAAAUAUUGUAUAAAACCAGUAAGAAGAUCACCAGAACUCGACCCACCCUCAGCAGACCGCCCACACUCAAGACAGAUGUGGAGAUGCACUGAUUUUGGUUUUUAGAGUCAACACCAAAUUCUUGUACAGCACAGACCAGUCAAUUCCAGUUUGUGUGAUUCCAAAUUUAAGAUCCAUCCAUCCAUUUUUUUUCUGGGUUUGGGUUUUGGGGGCAGCAGCCUAAGUAGAGAGGUCCAGACUUCCCCCUCCCCAGCCACUUGGGCCAGCUCCUCCAGGGGAAUCCCAAGCUGUUCCCUGGCCAGCCGAGAGACAUAGUCCCUACAGCGUGUCCUGGGUCUUCUUUUAGGUCUCGGAAAACCUCACCAGGGAGCCAUCCUAACCAGAUGCCUGCUUGUAUCCGCAACCUCGUUCUUUCAGUCACUACCUAAAGCUCGCGACCAUAGAUAAAUAAUAGUCUGGCCAUGACCCACUGAGAGAGCUCAGCCAUGGGGCAGAAUCUACGGUUGUCUUUCAAGCUGUCUACGCAUGCAAUUGGUCAACGCUAGGACCAAUCAGAGCAACGGACGAGUGGGCAGUCCACCAUAGAAGAAGAAGAAGCAAAACAUCCCUUUGUUGAAAUAAAUGACUGAAGUUCCUCUAUCUGUUCAUGUCUUGUGGAAAAGCCCAAGUCGAUGAGAGCUGAUGCCAAAGCCAUUUCAAAUGAGUACAGGUCCUGAGCAGACGCCAUUUUUGUAGUUUUUCUCCAUUGCAGCUCUGGCCCUCAGCAAACCGAGUGCUGUGAUUUGUUUGGUCCAAUGGUAGACCAGCUGAGGCUCAAAUGUAGCAUGACUAGACCAACCUGCAGAGCUAAAUCUUUUGUUAUUGCUACGGUUUGUGUAAACAUCUAGUUUAUAACACCAAUCCUCUUUCCAAUCAGCAAAUUAUUUUUUUUGCUGUUGUGGUUUUAGAAGUCUGAUUCCUAAACAGCUGUAAGCAGUUAAUGAUAAUUAAAAUCUCAUGGUGAUUGUGUUUUCUUUUCGUAUACAUUUUCCUUGUUGAUUUUUAUAUUGUUUAUAUUAUAACGUUUACUUGUGGGGUUUUUUUUGCAUUAAUUGUGGGCCAAAGAAUUUCGUUGUAAAGGAAAACAUGUAUUUUUUUGUGUGCAUAUGAUAAUAUGUUUUGAAACUAAAAAUUCUAAACAAAGAACUGUUUCUGGCAGUGAUUUAAAUGGUUUUGAUUUAUGUAGAGAACAAACUGCUUUUGGUCGGCUUUAGAGUAACUGAAUUAAAAUAAUGGUACUUCUUUCUGGUACAGAAUUGUUAUUCACAUUAUUUUAAUUUCUGUGAGACAAGAAAUCUUGUUUUAUGUUUGCUAUGUGAUUUGUUUUUACACAAAUAUAAGAUAUUAAUUUCAUACUGUUAAUAUUAGAAACAGUGCUGCCAAGCUUCUCUAAAUCUGCUUUAUAUUUACUGUCUUUGCAUAUUACAGCUGAUGUUUUUAUUUUGGUAGUCAUUGAUCAUCCUAGAAAACAAAAUUAAUUUGAUGCUCAGGUAAAAUAUAUUUAUAUAUUUUUUUCAAUUCUGACCUGUCCGGGAUUUAUUCAAGACCAACAUAAUGAAGAAGUGAUGCUUGUUGUAAAAAGAGAACCACGAGGGGGCAGUGUUGCACAAAGUCGUUUAAUCUCAAUGCAAUACCUGAGUGUAAAGCAUCUGAGAAUAAAAUAGCUGUUUUGUUUUAUUUGAUGUGUAAUUUUCAACACAGAGACAAUGACUUUUCUCUGUAUUUAGGUAAUUCGCCCAUCAAAACGUGUUCAACGGUUCUAAGACUAAUUCUAUCUCAGCAGAAUUAUAAAGUCACAUAUAAUUUGAGUGAUAAAGUCCGUAAAUGUAUCAUUUUUUACUAUAUACUUAGAGAACUGUCAACUUGUGGCGUUUUAAAUACUAGACUGAGUUUAAAAAAACGAGAAAUAAAAUCUACUUAUAAUUGUGCA